AGUAAAUUGCAUAUUACAUUUUUUAGAAUAACAGUAUCUUAACUGUUCACAAAUUAUUGUUCUUAAUUUCAACGAUUUCAUUCGAUUACGCGAGUUUUUGUUGGAAUCAAAUAAAUUAUAUAAUACGAGUGAAUAAGUAAAAAAGACAAAAAAAAGCAAGAUGAUGUUGGCUAGAGUUUGUCGGGUGGGCAUUUCCCCGACCAUAGUAAAUUUAAUAAAAACUCCUAUUACUUCAAAACCAAUAUUAAACAAAAUCCAACCUUCGAGAUUUUUCGCCAACGAUGGACGUACUGCAUUUACAAGAAGUGCACGAAAAGAAAAAACUUUUGCAGAACGAUUAUCACAACCAGCUACCGAAACACCAAUGAUGGUUGGAAAAGCUGUACUUGCUGGUGCUUCUGCAUUUGGAUUAGGUGCCCUUUGUUAUUAUGGAUUAGGACUUGAUAGUAGGCCUGGAGCCAUAGACAAAGUACAUUAUUGGCCCGAGUACGUAAAAGAAAGAAUUAGAACAACUUAUAUGUACUUUGGUGGAUCUAUCAUCCUCACAGCAGCAUCUGCUGCCUUGUGUUUCCGUUCUCCUACAAUAAUUAGACUUGUAUCCAAUCAAGGAUGGAUGGCAGUGGUCGGUACACUUGCAGCAGUGAUUGGUAGUAGCAUAAUAGUACGAAGUAUUCCUUACAAGGAAGGUUUUGGUGCUAAACAAUUAGCAUGGAUGGGUCAUGCCGGUUUAAUGGGUGCUGUUAUCGCACCAAUAUGUUUCUUGGGUGGCCCAUUAUUAACUAGAGCUGCAUUGUAUACGGCUGGGGUAAUUGGUGGGUUAUCGACUGUAGCAAUGUGUGCACCUAGUGAAAAGUUUUUAAAGAUGGCUGGUCCUCUUUCUAUCGGUUUGGGAGUUGUAUUAGUUAGUUCGCUAGGAUCCAUUUUCUUACCACCCACUACUGCUUUGGGUACUAGUCUUUAUACUUUAUCCGUUUAUGGUGGAAUAGUACUUUUUUCCAUGUUCCUUUUAUAUGAUACACAAAAAAUUGUUAAGCAAGCAGAAGAAUAUCCUAUGUAUUACGACAGAAGUAUGAAACAAUACGACCCGAUAAAUAACGCUGUUUCUAUUUACUUGGAUACUAUGAAUAUCUUUUUGAAUAUGAUACAUAUUUUGUCAAAUAGUUCUAGCGGUAGAAAAUAAAUGUUAGACAGACAUUCCUAGAUUUUUCUGUGAAAUUAUUUCAGUAUUUCAUGUAACAUCUAAAUUAAAUUCUGAUAAGCAAUUAGGAAUAUUCAAAUCGCUUAUUUAUUGCAAUCUCUAGCACGAACUUAAAUAAUUAUAAUUUAAUAAAUUGAUUUUUCAAUGAAUAAACAAUGAAAAUAUAAAAUUAUAGAUACUUAUCUGAUACAUCUGUUAUAUAAUGUAUUUUAGAAAAUAAAAGUGGGUGGCAAAAA